GGAAACCUUGCGCGAAAGUCGACGACGAAAGACGUAGGAAGGCGGCGAAGAGGACGCCAGCUCCCGGGUCACGUGAUGCGGCCGGCGGGUCGUGGGCCCCUCCCUCGCCAAGAUGGCGUCCUUGCUGCAGUCGGAGCGAGUUCUCUAUCUAGUCCAGGGAGAAAAGAAGGUUCGGGCCCCGCUCUCGCAGCUCUACUUCUGCCGCUACUGUAGCGAGCUGCGGUCGCUGGAAUGUGUGUCUCACGAGGUGGAUUCCCAUUAUUGUCCCAGUUGCUUAGAAAAUAUGCCAUCAGCUGAAGCUAAACUUAAAAAGAAUAGAUGUGCCAACUGCUUUGACUGUCCUGGCUGCAUGCACACCCUGUCCACCCGGGCCACAAGCAUCUCCACACAGCUUCCAGAUGACCCAGCCAAGACCACCAUGAAGAAAGCCUAUUACCUGGCCUGUGGGUUUUGCCGCUGGACAUCAAGAGAUGUGGGCAUGGCAGACAAAUCUGUAGCUAGUGGUGGUUGGCAAGAACCUGAAAAUCCUCACACACAACGGAUGAACAAGUUGAUUGAAUAUUACCAGCAGCUUGCUCAGAAAGAGAAGGUUGAGCGAGAUCGCAAGAAGCUGGCACGACGUAGAAACUAUAUGCCUCUGGCUUUUUCGCAACACACUAUUCACGUAGUGGACAAAUAUGGUCUUGGAACCAGGCUUCAGCGACCACGAGCUGGUGCAUCUAUCAGUACUCUUGCUGGACUUUCCCUUAAAGAAGGAGAAGACCAGAAGGAGAUCAAGAUUGAGCCAGCUCAGGCUGUGGAUGAAGUAGAACCUCUCCCCGAAGACUAUUAUACAAGACCAGUUAAUUUAACAGAGGUGACCACCCUGCAGCAGCGUCUCUUACAGCCGGACUUCCAGCCCAUCUGUGCUUCCCAGCUCUAUCCUCGCCACAAACAUCUUCUGAUCAAACGAUCCCUGCGCUGCCGGAAAUGUGAACAUAACUUGAGCAAGCCAGAAUUUAAUCCAACAUCUAUCAAAUUCAAAAUCCAACUGGUUGCUGUCAAUUAUAUUCCAGAAGUCAGAAUCAUGUCAAUUCCCAACCUUCGAUACAUGAAGGAGAGCCAGGUCCUCCUGACUCUUACGAAUCCAGUGGAGAAUCUCACCCACGUGACUCUGUUGGAGUGUGAGGAGGGGGACCCUGAUGACAUCAACAGCACUGCGAAGGUGGUGGUGCCUCCCAAGGAGCUCCUCUUAGCCGGCAAGGAUGCAGCAGCAGAGUAUGAUGAGCUGGCGGAGCCUCAGGACUUCCAGGAUGAUCCUGAUGUCAUAGCCUUCAGAAAGGCCAACAAAGUGGGCAUCUUCAUCAAAGUUACUCCACAGCGUGAGGAGGGCGAAGUGACCGUGUGCUUCAAGAUGAAGCAUGACUUUAAAAACCUGGCAGCCCCCAUCCGCCCCAUCGAGGAAAGUGACCAGGGCACAGAGGUCAUCUGGCUCACCCAGCAUGUGGAACUCAGCUUGGGCCCACUUCUUCCCUAAAAGGUCCCACCGGUGGGCAGGUCCCAAGGACAGUGACACCAUAAACCUGCGUUAAAACGCAGAAGCCACUGCUUCAUUAGGCCUUGUUUAUCACGAUGUACCCAUGCACUACCAAGUCCUGUUCCUAGGAAAGUGGGGGCGCAGGCCAGGCAGUAGGAGCACAAGGUAACUGGUGCUCCUCUUGCGCUCACCUCUGUUGACACUAGGAAGUCCAUGUCUCCCUCACUGAGCCCUGCACGUUGAGUAACAACAGCGUCCUUCCAUCCUAGAAGAGGGGAUGGCUGUUCCUUGGAGUGGUGUUAGACUUACCACCUGAGAAACUCUGUACCACCCCUCAGUCUGAUCUCACAGAGGCUCACUGUCUCCCAGAUGAAACUUAUUACUAAAAUGAUAACCCAAAGGUGGACCUGCUGUUAAUGACCAGCAUUGGUCCCAGUUUACCAACUGCUUCACGCAUCCCCUUCAGUGUAACCUAGCAGUCUAAAACACAUCCCUUCACUUGCCUUCUGGCUGCCCUUUUGCUGUAGAUUUCCACUUAACAGAAAGAAUUGUUAUGUUGUCUUUAGUUUUGUGAUGAUUGGAAAAACCUGUGAAAUUCUUAAGACACUCUCAUUUGCUCUCUUCUGAGUGAAUACAGGGCACUUAUUAGUUGCUCUUAAGUUUUUUCCCAGUAGGAUAUGGAACUUUUAAGACUCUGAGAAGCAAAUAAUUACAUGGCAUGUCAAGGCGUAGCAAACUCCUUUCAUUCUAAAUAUUGCCACCGUCUGCAGGGAUUGAUGCUUCCACAGGGGGGCGAUCUUUGUCUGUCUUACUCCGUAUUCCUUCUCCUCUGCUCUGCCUCUUUAACUCUAUAAGUUGUUCUGAGUGUCUGGGACUUGGAGAGAGUCCACAGGAAAUCCCAGUGAACAAGUUCACUUCUCAGAUGCAGAAAGCAUUUUAAAGGUUAGAUUUUUAGCGUGAUCUGAACUCACAUUCUUUCCACUGAUCUGAAAGGGAAAUUCACUAUUAUCUCCUGAAUCCAAAACUGGUGAUAUUAAGGAAAAGAACUUUUCCCCUUAAUAAGUUUAAGAAUUUUGUCAUAUGGUGGGUCAGAUAAGACCACUGAUCGUAAACAUCAGACGGUUCAGCAGGUGGCCCAAAAUGCUGGCCUGAAGCAGACAGGCUGCUUUCACUUGGUAUCCUUAAUUUCUGUGCUGUUUUCUAAAGCAAGAUACAGUAGACCACCAGCUGCCCAUGCUUUCUAUAACAGUACUGUUACUAAGGGGCCAAGAGACUUUUGAGGAAAAGAGAGAUUGUCUGUUUACCCUGCUCUCAUUUUCAAUGUUAAUAAGUAUUUCGUGGGACAUAGCCCUUGUAAGCUCCUCUUGAAAGGUGAAAAUGUUUAAAAGACACUGAAGUGUACUCUUAAGGUCAAGCCAGUUUAUGAACCAAUAUUCCCACAGAGUAAUAUACGUGCUACAGUGUAAGAAAGAAAAAUCCCCAUCUCUCAGGUUCUGGCAAUAGGUUUAGCUUCCUAGGAGUUGGGGCAGGGAGAUGGGUCUUUACACACUUGCAGACUAGAGAGUGAGUUGACUUUUUUGACCCCACAGAGUGUCACAUUUUUAUUUCACAAUCUGCUAGAGCUGCUGUGAAACCACCGCUCUAGACCCACCAGUGGAGGAAGUGGACAGAGGGUAGCUUUGUACAUUUACACAUUUGCAUAACUGCACACAGCUGUAGACCAUUUGUUUAUGGCAUGCAGCUGGUAUUUGUCCCAAAAGUAAUGAUGUUGAAGUAAUUAAUGGGUGUCAUCAUUCCCACAUGACAUGGAAACACAAAAACACUUUGGAUCAUAGAACUGUUUUUUCUUCAGAGGCCAAAUUAACUUAGAGAGUAACAGAGCCAUUGGUGUAGUAGGUCUUCUCAAAUAGGUUUUAGUGCAAGCUGGAAUUCCUUGUGUUCAUAGAAGUGGUUCGACACCUGCAGCUGGUGAAUUAGGAAUUAUAUUUGUUGCCUUGUUGUAUGUUAGAUCAGGUGUGAGAAUGUUCACACUAGUCAGUGUGCACCACCACAAGAGACUUGGACGCUGUUAGCACUUGGAACUACAGUUUUGGAAACUUGUGGCCAAGUUCAUUUGGAUUUGUGACUUGAUUUACCCACUAAAAUUUUCUUUUGAAGUGCUUAUCAGCAUAAUGAGCUACAUGUCAUAAAUAUUUGUGAAGAAACAUCCUUUUUGGUCCCUUUGGGAAUGAGAGACACUCCUUGAUCUUAUGAAUGACAGGUUACUGUUUGCCUUAUUGCUUAACUUAAUGUAGUGAAAUAAAACAGACAGAGCUUGA